AUGAAGAGAAAAAUUGUGCACUCUGCUUCGGUUGAUGAAACGUCUUCCGAUGAGGACGAAGCAAAGACAUCUUCAUCACAAAAGAAGAAAAAGACAGAGGACGAUCAUGAAAUCUCUUCUUCUGAUGAGAAGGAAUCAACACCAACUAAAAAGAGACAUAGCACAGCUCCUGCUUUUGGUAAUGCUCUAAACUCGAUAUUGGACGACCAUUUGAUUCUAGACAAAUAUCGGUCUUCCAACAAGACAGUUGGUAUUAAGUUUAAAGCACUGUUGAGAAGUUUGGUACAAAUGGAAAUUGUCGAAAAGUAUUUUAUUUUCAACAAUUUACAUAAUAUUACGUACCAGAACCUUACAGAACAAGAUUGUAUCGCUUUAUUAAGUCUUGGGUUUACAGAAAUUAACGAUCAUGAUAUUCAAGAAUUGAUGAGAUACCUUAAAUCCAAUCCAAAACCUCAAAAUUUGAUUUCAAAGUACAAACAUUUCGAAUUUGAAAAUGAAACUACCCGAUAUCAUUGGCAAAUAAGCUUCCAAGCUUGGGUUUCUUUUUGGCAUGACAUGAUAGAAUGCUAUUCAACUGAAAAUUCCGCAAACAUCAUUCCCUCUAAUGUCAAUGACACAGCCGACGAAAUAGAUAGCCAAUCAAACAUGUAUGCGAAAAUUAUUCAUCUUGUAAGGAAAAAAAUCAGACAUCUACCUGGAAAGAAUAUUGGAAGAACCGAGAUUUCCAACAUUUAUUCUCACCUUUGCAAUACAAUAACUCACCUAGAUGAAGCCAAUAUUCCGAAGCUUGAAGGCAUCCAUCUCAUUAACGAGAAGUCUCUCUAUGCCAAUUUCUUUUUCCACUUUAUGCAAAACGAAUCAGAGAAAAGAGCAACAUUUAGUGAAAUUUUGAAAAACGUACCAAAAAGAAAGCCACCCAAGAAAGAUAAGGCCUUGUCUUUUACCAUACCAAUUACCACAAAGACAACAUUUGGAGAGAUACCUUUUCAAAUACUUGAAAUUAACACCGCAAUCGUAUUUUUCAACAACUACGUUAAACCCUAUGGCAAUACCCUUACAAAGACCUUGAGAGGGCCUUCUAUUCAUUCUAUUGAACCUGUAACAUAUGAAAUCGCUUGUGACUUGACAACCACUGCGGUUAGUAACGCAUCAGCAUCAAACGAAAGUUUAAAUAGUACAUCCACUGAUGUAGUUCAACAAAUUACAACAGCACAACCCUCCACAGAAAACAAACUAUUGGCAACAGCAACAAAUGUUGAGCCCAAAAAGGAUGCACCUAAACUAGAGGUAACUACCUCACAACCAAGCACUCCACUCCAAUCUGCACAGAGUACUGCGAGCCAAGCCUCGUCUACGCCUCAAACCUCUUCAGCCAAGAGCACUGCUUCCUCAACGACAAGUGUCUCGGAUAAACUCAAAUCUACCAAAAUACCAGAGAUUGACACAGUUAAUUGUGUGACAACAUUUUACAAUUGGUGGUCGGCAGAGCUAAAGUUAUUUAAACCUGGUUCACAUCAAUGCACGCUUAAUCUUCCUAGAAUGUUGCAGUAUUUCAAUCAGCACCUUCAAAAAGUAACCAUAGAUUUGAAAGCUCCUCUCACUGAAACAGACGAACGUUGGCAGCUUAUUCUUAAAGCUAUUGAAAAGGGCAAUAUUCCAAGAUUAAGAUUGCUCGAUGAACAAAAGAAAAUAGUCAAGAUACUUGAUGCAGAUUCCGCUGAAUAUGCUAAAGAUGAUAAAAGUGUCAAGAUCCAAACGACACAACCACCAACCAGUACUCAAUGA